AUGGAGGUAGCAAUCAGAGAAGUGUGGCCAAAAUCGAUCGAUAGAGUUUGCAAGUGGCAUGUACUGAAGAAUGCAAAAGAGAACCUAGGGAACAUUUACAGUAAGAGAAACAAGUUCAAAGAGGAGUUUCUUAAGGUUUUGAAUGAACCCCAAUCAAUAGAAGAGUUUUUGAGGGCUUGGUCAGAUUUAGUGCAGAAGUAUAACCUAGAGUCCAGUGUUUACCUGCGUCGAAUGUGGGACAUGAAAGAACGUUGGGCUCCUGCUUAUUUCAGGGGACAUUUUUUUGCUAGAAUGUCAACUACGCAAAGAAGUGAGAGCAUGAAUCAUGUUCUGAAGAAGUACAUCAAACCUUCGUCUUCACUCAAUGGUUUUUCUAGAAGGUAUGAGAAUUUCUUCAAUGAUAGGAUUCAAGAGGAAGAUGCCGAGGAGCAUGACACCUUCAAUCUAAUACAUAUUGGUGAUGAAGCCUUGGAAAGUUGGGGUGGUAAAAUGUUUGAAGUUCAGGUUGACAUGGCUACACAGGAAAUGUUAUGUGGUUGCAAAAUUUUCGAGCACUUGGGAAUCCUUUGCUCCCAUAUUAUUAGAGUUAUGGUGCAGUAUGGCUUCACAGAAAUUCCUCAUAGAUACAUUAUGAAGAGGUGGACAAAGGAUGCUAGAAACAUAAUUCCAAAGCAUUUGGAAGAGUACUACCUGGAGGAUAAGGAGGCAGCAACAUCAAGAACAUAUAGGAGCACUGUCCUUCACAAAUCUGCACUUGAUGUGUUAAGGUUUGGUGGUGCUAGUGCAGAAACUUAUGAGAAGACGGUAGAAGUUUUGAGUAAGCUACUUGGUGAAUUAAAGGUGAUGUCUACUUCACAAGCUGAAAAUAAGUCUGACGGUGGUUGUUGUGGGAGAAGGGUAGGAAAGAAACCAAUUAUUGACAUGUCUUCGAGUGAUGACAGCUUCGAAGCAGAGAAUGGAACAUCUAACCACACCGAAGAGGAAGAGUCUGGAGAUGAUAAAUUCGAAGAACAAGGCAUGACUAAAGCUAAUGAAAACGACAUACUCCCACUAAAAAUAGAAGAGGUUGAGGUCGACCGAAGAGUACCAGACUCAAGUCAAUGGGGGAAACUGUUAGCAAGGCAAAGAAGAAGAGAAAGAUAG